AUGUCUGAUGUCUCUGUCUCUACUCGAUCAAGUUCGAAACCCCUUUACGCUGUUGUCUCUGCUGUCUCUGGGGACAAUAACAUUGGACCAACCUAUCGAAAUGUCAACAUAGAGCCAUUACCAGUCAACCCAAUAAUCAUGCCGCACACCUUGUUCAACUAUCCCUCAUGGCAAUCUGGCUCUUCCCCAACUGGCACGCCUAUUUCUUACCUUCCGAUAGGAGAGAGUUCUAAUCUAGGCUCCAACCCAGCUUUGCCGACUAGGUUGCAACAUAACCAGGUCGCGAUAGGCUCACAGUCUGGGGCUUACAAUAACGAUCCCGGAAACAACGACUUUAUGCCGAUGCAAAAUGGAACUCUGUCUAACAGCUCUGGCUACUACGGCGAGAUUUUAGCGACCAAUAUUAAUAGCAACCCUGGGGACCAACUAGUAUCAACAUUUCCAACCGAGGGCAGCAGUGAAGGCCGAACCGUACAAGGGCAGAUGCAUGAAGGCUCUAAGGUGCCGGUGGGAUGGCUGCACAUACCGAAGACACUUCAACCGUGA